GAUUUACAACACACCAAUCCUCGUAUCCGAAACUCGUUUCUGCACCAUGUCUACGUGAAUAGUCCACCAUUUGGGUUGACGGAAAUUACGUCAGACAAAAUUUCAAAUCAAAAGAAUUCGUUUGCGUUAUACUGUCUUGUUGUUUUUUAAAUACCUAUUGUUGGUCAGAAUAUAUAUUUAGGAAAUUAAAAUUUUAGACAAAACUUGAAUGUGACUUCGAGGAUUAUAUUCUUCAAGAUUCUCCAUUCUGUCUCGUUCCACCACAACCUUUUAGUUUGACAACGGCUGGAGAAUGUUCUAAAUUUAACUAAACUAAUUUAAACACUACUCAUUGAUAUGUGCCGACAGAUUUUUCUUCUUUUUUUUUUUUUUUGGAUCGAUUUAUUCGUGUGUACUCUUCAGUUUUUUGAAAGGUAAGGUUUUUGGGUGUGACUAUUUAAAAAUGCUUUUGUCGUGUCAUUUCAAGGGAACAUUGAAAUUGGAAUUGAUAUGUGCCGACAGAUUUUUCUUCUUUUUUUUUUUUUUUGGAUCGAUUUAUUCGUGUGUACUCUUCAGUUCUUUGAAAGGUAAGGUCUUUGGGUGUGACUAUUUAAAAAUGCUUUUGUCGUGUCAUUUCAAGGGAACAUUGAAAUUGGAAAUGAUUGUGAGCGAAAAAGCGUUAGAAUUGCAACCAAAAAAAACAACAACAACAAAAAACAACGUAUCACGCGAAUCCAACCCAACAGUGCAAUUUGAUUAUCUGGGUCUGAACCGAUUAAAAUAACAGUUAGGAAUUAAGACAUAUAAAACAAAAGAACUUUUUCUUAAAUUAUUAAUUUUUUUUUUUUACAUUUCUGUCUCUGAUCCGUUAUAAAAAUCAUUCUGUAUUACAAAAUAAUAGCAAUAAUAGAAUCCUUGUACUUCGUGGCCGAGAGUCACUUCAGACAUUUUAAUAUUAAUGUUUUUUUUUUUUUGUUUUUUUCAUAACCUGAAUUAGACAGUUAAGCUAAACAUUCCUUUGUGAUAGAUGUAUUCUGAAAAAUAUUUCACUUUUACACAUUUGAAAUUUAAUAUUGAAGUGUGUUUUAGAUUCAAGUUUAAUAACUUUUUAAUGUAAUUUUUUUUUUAUUAUUUCGAACGUGUGACGAAUUUGGGAAAAGAAAGGGGGGGGGGGGUAAGAUUUGUGACUGUUACGCACUGACUUGUAUUGGGAGAAAUUAAUCUCCUAUUUUAAUUUUAAUUGGCUCGUUGUAAGCAGUGCCUAACAAAGGACGAUACCAUAGAAUCAACAAUAUUAAAGAUACGACCCAAAACAUUUUCUAGUUACAAUUAAUAAUAUUUAUUAAGUCUUAAGAUAAUUACAAAAGAAAAGAAAAUAUAAUGACAAUCUUCAACUUACAGUAUGGUAGAUCUUGCACCGGUACACAGUUAACAACAGUUAGAAUAAUGUGCCAAUAAAUAAUGCGAAAUAAACACAUAUAAGCACACAAAUACACAAAGAAUAAAACACGCCUCGUAAAGUUAAUAAAAUCUAUCUGAAUCUCCGUCCUCCCCGAGCCUGUCAAUCCCUUAUAUAGGUGGGUCUACCGACGCCCAAGCCCUGCCUUCGAGCAGCUACAAGGCAUUUCUAGAACAAUCAGAUUCAUUCUACAAAACAUUACUUGGAACAGAUUAAUUUUUUUAGUAGUUGGCGGCAUAAACACGAUUAGAUCAAAGACUAAGCCACACCCCUUUGUGAACACAGCGUCUCAUGCGGGGUCAAUCAGAGGGCAUGCACAAGAAAUAUUAUGUAAACAAGCUCUCUAUAACAGUGACAUAUUGUGACAAUAGAGAACUGGGGUAGAUUUAUUUCCAUACAUAUUUUGACGUCCUUAAUGGAUGUCCUCCAUUGUGUGUUAAGGACUACACAGAAUAUUUAGUAUUCAUUCCAUACACGUUGCGACAGAAAGUGUCCCCUUGCAGAUUAAUAUACCAACAAAGGUGUUUGGAAUUUCACACCAUUUUUUAAAAAAACAAUGCCAAGUAUGAAAAAAAUCAAAACAAAAACUGAUUGUCGGAAAAGGUCCCAAGCAAAAGAGAUAACCUAUGACUUGUCCACGGUAUCAGAAGGAGCCUUCUGAAAUACGUUUAAAGGCAAAAUGAGAAAUUAUUUUUAUUUUUAAAAUGGGAAGGGGUGUUAUCCUUUUAUUAUAGUGUGUUAUGUUAAAAUGGGGGGGGGGGGGGGUUUUUUUUUUUUUUUUGUGUUUUUUUUUUGGGGGGGGGGGGUAUUUUUUUUUUUGUUGUGUUGUGAUUUAUUAUUAUUAAUUCUUAAUUUUGAAAAAAAAAAUUCUGCUUUUCAAAUGUACGAAAUUAGCCCCAGAUUAUUAAAAACUAAAUUUUACUUACUAUAAUUGACACUUUUUUUUAAAAUAUAUAUAUACAAAAUAUUUGGUUUUGGUUUGAAAUUUCCUAGUUUUUGGCUUCAAAUUUCCUUGUUUUGGCUUGAAAUUUCCUUGUUUUGGCUUGAAAUUUCCUUGUUUUGGCUUGUUUCGAUUUGUUUGGUUUUUGUUGUUUUUUUUUUGUUUUUGUUUUUUUUUUCUUUUUCUUUUCGUACUUUUUUUGGUUGUAAUUGGUUGAGAUGUGUCUAAUAGAGAUGUUAAACAAUAUUAGGGACUGGAGAAGAGGGGGUUGGGUGCAAGUCAAGAGAUGUUAUAAUUUUUUUAAAAUAUAUAUAUACAAAAUAUUUGGUUUUGGUUUGAAAUUUCCUAGUUUUUGGCUUCAAAUUUCUUUGUUUUUGUUUUAAAUUUCCUUGUUUUGGCUUGAAAUUUCCUUGUUUUGGUUUGUUUCGAUUUGUUUGGUUUUUGUUGUUUUUUUUUUGUUUUUGUUUUUUUUUUCUUUUUCUUUUCGUACUUUAUUUGGUUGUAAUUGGUUGAGAUGUGUCUAAUAGAGAUGUUAAACAAUAUUAGGGACUGGAGAAGAGGGGGUUGGGUGCAAGUCAAUAGAUGUUAUACAGCGUUAUAAGUGGGUAGACGUGGGUCAAUAAUGAAAUAUUUUGUCUUAAAUAAUGUUGGCACGCCCCUGAUGACAUAGCGUCACGGGGAGCAGAGCAGUACGGAUGUUUGCAAUACACUGUACCUAUGGAAACCUAGUUCUACAGAUAUUAGCAAUAUACUGUACUUUUGGAUACAUAAUUUUACGGAUAUUUGCACUAAGCUUUACUUAUAGAGAUAUAGUUGUACAUAUAUUUGCAAUAUGCUGUCUCAUGUAGACAUAGUUGUACAGAUAUUUGCACUAUGCUGUGCUUAUAAAGAUAUACUAGUACAUAUAUUUGCAAUCUGCUGUGCUUAUAGAGACAUAUUAGUACGUAUAUUUGCAAUAUGCUGUGCUUAUAGAGACGUAUUAGUACAUAUAUUUGCAGUAUGCUCUACUUAUAAAGACAUAUUAGUACAUAUAUUUGCAAUAUGCUCUACUUAUAGAGACAUAUUAGCACAUAUGUUUGCAAUAUGCUGUACUUAUAGAGACAUAUUAGUACAUAUAUUUGCAAUAUACUGUACUUAUAGAGACAUAUUAGUACAUAUAUUAGCAAUAUACUGUACUUAUAGAGACUUAGUUGUACGUAGUCUCAGAGUUGCUUAGCUUCACGGUUUCAAUAUUCGAUAUUUAAAAAUUAGUCUCUAUAAAAAAGGUGUUUUUUUGUUUUUUUUGGGGGGGUGGGUUACUUAAAAAUUGAUGACAUCUAAAAUAUGUGUACAUAAAUUAUUAUUUUUAAUUGAGAUGGGAAAUCGAGCUUCAGAGUAGAGCAAAGGGUUUGCACAAACAGGAGUUGAACUCUUCCGUUAAACUGCUCUGUCCAGCCAGGGCGAGGCGUGUGUAGUUAACAAAUUUUGGACAGUGUGGUGGGUGAAGACAUGGUCGGGUGAUUUUUGAAUUCACGUGGGCGUAGUCUUUCCUGCGGCAAGCAUGACACGUAAACAUAUUUUUAUGACACUUAGAUGUUUUAUACAUAACACAUUCACGUAUUUAUAUAUUCAUACUACAAUGUAUAUUUGUAUAUAAAAUAUAUAUAUAUAUNAUAUAUUAUAUAAAUAACAAAUACACAUAUGAUAUACGUAUGAAUCUUUAUUUAUAUACAUAUUAUCAAUAAUUAUAUAAUGUUUGGGCCACUCACAAAAAAGUGGAGACGGUUGCUUAGUAUCACAGUUAGGGUCGGGGUGUCAUGAAAGAGGGAAAAUUUUAUAUCAACGAUAUUUGUAAGUGUGUAUUGCAGCCAUGAGACCAAACUUUGUAUUUCAUGACAAUUCUAUACAUUUCAUAAAACAAAAAAUACUAGUAUUUUGAUUAUGAUGAUAAAAUACGAGUCUGGUAAAGACAUCAAACGGAGAUUAGAGUUUGUAUAAACAUCAAUCUGAGAUAAGAUUUUGUAUUGACAUCAAUCUGAGAUAAGAGUUUGUAAGGACAUCAAUCUGAGAUAAAAUUAUGAAUUGACAUCAAUUUGAGAUAAGAAAUUGUAUAGACAUCAAUCUGUGAUAGUUGUAAAAAGUCCAGACACUAGCCGAAAUGUCUAAGGGGAAUGUUGGUUAUAUUCUAUCUAACAACAUAUCUCUCGAUAAUCACAUCUCUCACAUGUGUUGCUCUGCAUACAGCGCUAUUCGUCAGAUAAGCUCCAUCCGCAAAUACCUUACAGUUAGUGCAACAAAAACUCUAGUCUGUGCUCUUGUUCUCUCUCGUCUUGACUAUUGUAAUUCUCUUCUAUCAGGUUCACCAAAUCAUUUCUUAGAAAAAUUACAAAAGGUUCAAAACUCAGCCGCUAGGCUAAUUCUAAAGGCAAGAAAACGUGAUUACGUCACACCACUACUUCAUUCACUUCAUUGGCUCCCUAUUCAAGCACGUAUUGACUACAAACUCUCUGUUCUCUGCCACAACUUUUUUGUCGAAGUCCUCCCCUUCCUAUCUAACCGAACUUCUCUCUGUCUAUUCACCCCUUCGACAGCUUCGCUCCUCCGCAGACGCACAUAUUCUUUCUGUCCCAAAGACUCGCACAAAAACAUACGGUGAACGAUCGUUCUCUUUCUGUGCCCCCAAACAAUGGAAUUCUCUUCCAUUACACAUCCGCAAUAUACCGAACAUCACAACCUUCAAAACUGUACUCAAAACAUAACUCUUUAAUCUCUACUAUCCUGACUGAUUCCCACCUCUGACCGAAUAACGAUGGCACUGAGUGUCAUCCACGGCUUAAAAUGUAAAUAGUUUUAAAUAUACAUUUGUUUUGUUUUAUUUAAUUAAUGUAUGUCAAUUUAUUUUUUAAAGUUUUUGAUUGUUUGUUAAAUUGUAUGUACAGCGUGGGGAGCCUAGCCCUAGUCUGGGGUACCACGCUAUAUAAAACCACGUAUUAUAAUAAUAAUAAUAAUAAAAAUAAUAAUAAUAAUAAUUUCUUUAGGGUGAAUGUCAAGUGGGGAAUAUCUAAGGAGAAUGUCUAAGGGGGAAUGCUCUUUGACCAAACUUCCUGAAUGCCAAUCGUCGGCUGAUGACAACAGUUUUACAUUUAGCUACGAGGCACAGUGCUUAGAUUACACUCUCAAGGAAUUAUGCUACUUACAUACGACUCUCUCUCUCUCUCUCUCUCUCGCUCUCUCUCUCUCUCAAAGGUGAUGUCCCUUUGUUUUAGCUAGAUAAAAUAGCCGAAAGUGUUCCACAAGACAGGGUUAGAGUACGGUGGAUGCUCCCCACUCCCCACUGUCGUCAUCCACCUGGGGCUGAUGUGAGGAUAAGAUGACAAUGUACUUCAGGAAAAGAUCGAUCUCUCUGCUGCUGAUUGCCGUGACGUCGUUAUUCCUAACCCUUUCCCUGUUCUACUGGAAACACUUGGUAAGUCCCGUGGGGUGGGGUGGGGUGGGGGGUAGAACUUGUUUUAAAUCAGGGCAUCGACGUGGUUUUUAUAUUUUACUUUCUUUUUUUUUUCAUAUCUAUAGUCAAGUGACUCUGUUGGACAUGUCUAUAAUUGUCGUGGUAGACCUUCAUUAUUUGUUCGAAAUGUCUAUAAGUAUAGUUGUCAACCUUCAUUAUUUGUUUAAAAUGUCUAUAAGUGUCGUUGGGAAAUUCCAUUAUUUUUUUUUUAAAUGUCUAUAAUUGUCGUUGUCACAAUGCAUAAUAUGUUUGAAAUGUCUAUAGGCCUUAAUCAUAGUUGUCAAUCUUCAGUAUUUGUUUGAAAUGUCUAUAAUAGCCUUUGCCAGCCCUUCACUUUGGAAGGACUAAUAGUAAGCCAUAGAGGACAAAAUUGAUCAAGUGAAAUUUUAAACGUUGUUCUUUUGUUGUUGUUGUUUUUGUUUUUUUUGGGUUUUUUUUUUUUUUUUUUUUUUUUUUUUUUUUUUUUUUUUUUUUUUUUUUGUUUUUUUUUUUUUUUGUUGUUUUUGUUUCUUAGUCNGUCAUUUCCGCUUCCUGCAUUCAGGACAUUAAACACAUGUAAAGCUCAGAUUAGUUUUGUGUCUAUCUCCCCUUAACUGAACUCACUACUAAAAAAAAAAUUGAAAAAAAAACCUAUAUCAUGCCAAUCAUGUUCUUUAAAUAAAUACGAGGCGUAAAGAAUUUGCUUCAUGUCCAUUAAAGAAAAGGCCGGGGGGGGGGGGUUACUUCUUAAUUUCAUUGGUUUUCCACUAAGAGUAUUAAGAGCAUCUCUACGGAUCGUGUUCCGUGUCAAGAUCCUUGUAUACUUUAUUGGUUGAAUUCAUCAAGGUUCUUUUUCGCGUUGUUCAUGCGUCAUAAUAACACUGAAGUAGCACAUGUUCUUUUCCAUAAUUAAUGUAAAUUUAAUCUAUAAACAUAUCCCCAGACUGUACAUUUUAUCAACACGUGAGUAGCGCAGCUCGCUAUCAGCGAGAAUAACACACACACACACACACACACAUCUCCUACAAAAGUUCUUUCAGCUGGUGCGAACGAAUCCACACGUGCGUCACAAAACAGACAGGACAAAUACGUUUUAACAACGAUAAAAUGUACGUCACCAAGUAAAAUGCAGGAAAAGCUAAGAACUGAUUACUCUCUCUCUCUCCCUCUCUCAAACACACCCUGCCCGUAAUCAAACACACUACCCAGUGCGCAAUGAUCAUUUGUGAACUCCCAGACCCGACAAUGUGUUCAUUGAAUACUCGUUUUAGAAUACGGUUUUUUUUAAUAGACUGGAAUAUUUUUUUAUUUGAAUUAUUGUUUUGUUGUUUUUUUCCUCAAUAUCCUUAUUAUUCCCUUUUUUUUUUAAAAUUAUCAAUUUAUCAUAUUCAUUUUUAAAGAUGCACAUCACACUUUCCAUUAAAAUCGUUUUAGAAUAAUUAUACUCUGAAAACAUUGUAACUAUAUUUUACUUUUAAAAAAACGUCAUUUGUUGGAUCAUAUCUAUUCACUUUCAACUAAUUGAUACGUUUCACUGUUAUCCGACUGCAUGCCGUUUGCGUCUUUUUUUUGUGUACCCAAGCCAGCUUCAUCUCUUGACGUGUCCAAUGCGCUAUCGUUGAUCGUAAGACUCUCCAUCAUCCAGCCCCCAGGGUUGGCCAGCCGUGACGUGUCAGCCCGCGAUCAAAGUAACCCGUCCAACCGCGACCAAAGGGACUCGUGAGGCAAAUAGGGUAGCCCCCCCCUCCCCCUAUCACACACCCACACACACGCACAUCACACACUGCGUACACCUUCUGCAAAUGAUCAAGUAAAGUCUCAGGCGACGACACUGCCCACUUCCACUAUAACUUUAUUUUCUUUACAAGUUUCUAUGAUUAUGGGAUUAGCUGCUCUUAAAAUCUAUUCUAAACCCAUCCCAAUGAUAUUCAAGUGAGAUUAUAUUUUACUCUUCAGUAUACAAAUGUUGACACACCGCAAGGCAAGGCUGGUAACCAAGGAAGACUCCAUGGGGACGUGAGGACCCUCUCGAAGAUACCCGCCCAUGGAUCUACGUUACAUCAUUCUGACGUUAACGAAGACAACGAAGUUACAGAUCUAGAAUUAGAAUCGAAUCUACGAGGUAAAAGUGCGCAGCUGCCACCAAUAAGACUUGACGAUUACGCUAAAAACAAGAACGACAUCAUUCGAUUACUGGCCGACGAGCUGAGGAGAAAGCUAAGCCUAGUCGGUAAGACGAAGAGCAUUGAAAAUAUCGAUAACAGGUGUCAGGAGAUGGGGAUCAAGUACAACGACACCUGCAACGCCAGGCCGUGUCCGCAGAAAACGUUGCCAGAAAAGCUGGAGGACCGGAUAGAGCAGCUCGUGUUCAGAGACAAGCUCCAAAUACCGCGAGAGUAUCGCGCCGUCUUGCAGGACAUGAGUCAGGAGAUUCUCGGCUUUUACGACAUCAUCUACGUCACGGGGUUCUCAUCCAAUCAUUAUACUGAAGGCCAGGUAUGCGUUUAAUAUAUUUAUUUAUUUAGGUCAUGUUCAUUAAAACAGAGUCGUUCUUAGGCAUAGGCAAACUAGGCGACCGCCUAGGGCGCCACUGCCAAGGGGGGUCCGCCGGACGCUUAUUUUUUUAAGCCCACAACUUGCAAGUCCAUAUAUUUCAGAAAGACACAUUUUCUCUAGUGGCGGAAUCAUCAACGUGGUCAGUGGUUACACGUGAGUUGAGAGGAAACAGUGAUGAAGGUAGAAUGGAGGAGCCCCAGUGGUGGGUGGUGUUUUCUCCUCAGCUCCGGGCGAACUCCGCCCCACCGAACACACACCCCUUUUUCGGGGUCCCCUCCUAUAACCUAUGCUCCAUGAGUAGGGCCCCCAAAAUCCUAGCAAAGAACCGCGCUGAUUACAAGGUUUUGAAUUCACAAGUAUGCGCCUUAAAAUUUAAAAAAAUGCGCUCUGUAAAUCGUUAAGUCAACAGAAAGAUGGGGCAGUCAAAAUUCAACAUCUCUCUGCCACUUAUCUAUUUACAUUGCAGUGUGGGGAGGAAUAAAGCUGCAGGGGGUUGGGAAGGGGUCAGGAAGGGGUUGGAAAGGAAUGGCUUGAAGAUUUUAAUAGUGGAACAUGAAGGGGAUGCGAAAAAAAGGGGGUGGGGGGGUGUCCGCCCAGUGCAGAACCUUUUUUCUGUUUAUGAAUUGACGGCAUUUUCGGCCAACGCACCAACAGCAGAUUUUUUUCGUGGAAGAGGGUGGCAUACAGCUCGGCCCGCCCCAGGUGGAACUAAUCUUAGCUACGCCCCUUUCAAGUUUUAUAAUUUAAUUUACUUUAAAAAUGCAAUUUUUAGAUGGCGAAAGGGGUUCUUUUUUUUUUUCUUUUCCUAGAUUUACUACCUUGAUUAUUUGUUUCUAAACGUCGAUUAACGCCAUCAAGCUGAUGCUAACUGACUCAAGCAAGUUCGCUUACUCCAGCAGGGUCACUAACUCAUGGUUGUUGUUUUGUUUUUUUUUUAAUUUUCUUCAGACUCUCCUGCGUCACCUCCACGAGACUCUGUUCCCACUGUUUAAAAAUUUCACGUUCAUCGUCUACGACCUGGGACUUAAGGAAGACGAGGUGAGACAGGUCAAGAAAUACUGCAGGUGAGGUCCACCAAAUAGUCCAGGUAACACCAUAAAUAGACGCGUGCGCGAAAAGUGUGUGUGUGUGGAUAGUGUGUGUGUGAGGAUAGUGUGUGUGUGUGAGGAUAGUGUGUGUGUGUGUGGAUAGUGUGUGUGUGUGGAUAGUGUGUGUGUAAGAAUAGUGUGAGUGUGGAUAGUGUGUGUGUGUGGAUAGCGUGUAUGUGUGUGGAUAGUGUGUGUGUGUGGAUAGUGAUGUGUGUGGGGAUAGUGUGUGUGUGGAUAGUGUGUAUGUGUGUGGAUAGUGUGUGUGUGUGGAUAGUGUGUGUGUGGGUGGUGUGUGUGUGUUGAUAAUGUGUGUGUGUGGGGGGGUAUGUGUGUGGAUAGUGUGUGUGUGUGUGUAGUGAUGUGUGUGGGGAUAGUGUGUGUGUGGAUAGUGUGUAUGUGUGUGGAUAGUGUGUGUGUGUGGAUAGUGUGUGUGUGAUGAUAACGUGUGUGUGAUAGUGUGUGUGUGAGGAUAGUGUGUGUGUGUGGAUAGUGUGUGUGUGUGUGUGGAUAGUGUGUGUGUGGAUAGUGUGUGUGUGUGUGGAUAGUGUGUGUGAGGAUAGUGUGUGUGUGAGUGGAUAGUGUGUGUGAGUGUAUAGUAUGUGUGUGUGAAUAGUGUAUGUGUGUGAGGAUAGUGUAUGUGUGUGCGCGGAGAUCAUGUGUGUGUGGUUAGUGUGUGUGUGGAUAGUGUGUAUAUGUGUGUGGAUAAUGUGUGUGUGGAUAGUGUGUGUGUAUGUGGAUAGUGUGUGUGUGGAUAGUGUGUUUGUGUGGAUAGCGUCUGUGUGUGGAUAGUGCGUAUGUGUGUGGAUAGUGUAUGUGUGUGGAUAGUGUAUGUGUGUGGAUAGUGUAUGUGUGUGGAUAGUGUGUGUGUGCGAGGAUAGUGUGUGUGUGUGUGUGGAUAGUGUAUGUGUGUGUGUGGAUAGUGUAUGAGUGUGCGUGGAUAGUGUGUAUGUGUGUUCGUGGAUAGUGUUUGUGUGUGUGUGCGUGGAUAAUGUGUGUGCGUUUAUAGUGUGUGUGUGUGUGCGCGCGGUUUGUGUGUGUGUGCGCGCGAAUAGUAUGUGUGUUCGUGGAUUUACACAUCUCGGCGUUAUUCUACUUUGGCACAAUAUUACCGAAAGAUUGGUGACCCCUGAUGAAGAGGACAGGAGAGAGAAAAUUAGAGAUAAUGUAGAGAGGGAAAGAGCAAGGGAGGGGAGGAGUGGAAUGUUUGGUGAGUGGGAGGGGGGAUAUGGUAACGUGGGUAAGAUAACAGAAUAAAAAGGGAGUUGGUUGAAGGUGCAGAUGAGGAUGAUGUGGGUCGGUGGGGGAACUAUGGUGGUCGGUGUGGGAACUAUGGUGGUCGGUGUGGGAACUAUGGUGGUCGGUGUGGGAACUAUGGUGAUCGAGGUGGAUGAAGGUUUGUUUAAUUUUCGAGGGGAGGGGGGCAGGGGAAUAUAUUCGAAGGAACUGAGGCUACAUAGUAUGCUAGCCACCAGGGUUGUAAGCUGGUACGAUAUUACAGAUAUCUCUGCAUAUUCCUUUUUUUUUUUUUCUUUUUUCUUUUUUUUUGCGCUCUCACCUUUCCAUUUUUCACAUUUAACAACCGUUUACAUCUGCUGUUCCAGGUGUACGCUACUGACCUUAUAUUACAGAUAUCUCUGCAUAUUCCUUUUUUUUUUUUCUUUUUUCUUUUUUUUUGCGCUCUCACCUGUCCAUUUGUCACAUUUAACAACCGUUUACAUCUGCUGUUCCAGGUGUACGCUACUGACCUUCCCGUUCCACCUGUUCCCGCCUCAUUUCAAGACGCUCAAAUGUUUCGCCUUCAAGCCGAUGAUCAUCCGGGCAAUGUUUGAGCGGGCAAAUGUUGUCAUAUGGUCGGAUACGUCUAUUAAGUGAGCUCGAUUUCUGUUAUGUUCUGUGAGUUAUAGAAUAUAUUCUGUAACAGCAACGCAACGAAAAAUUAGUUUUGUAGACAACUUUGUCGUACUUGGUAAAAAAAAGGGGGUGGGGUGGGGAUGGUGGGGUUGAUCAGUGGGUUUCGGGGACAUACAUCACCCCUUAGAGGUAUUAUAUUUCUAUUUUAUUAUUGCCAAAGAAAUCUUUUUUUUAAAUAGUUUUUUUUUUAAUUUUUUAUUUUUUUUUUUUUAUUUUAAUGCUUUCUUAUUAUAAUGAAUAUUUUUUAAGAGGAGAAAAAACACAUAAAUUUAACAAUAGAAAACAAAUUAAUAUAAUGCAAAUGACUCUUAGUCAUCAUAUAAAAUCACGCCAGUCCAUACAAAAUAUAUAUAUAAAUAUAUAAUAUUACAAACAAUCUUUUUUAGAUUUAGAGGGUCAAAUCUUCUGAUAUUAAUUUUUUGUUUUUAUCCAACAAAUCGACGUGUCGCUUUUUUUAAUUAUUCUACAAUGAUGAUAUUUUUUCUUAUUAAUCAUCAUAUUUUAUUAUUCGUGACAUUCAGGAUGAAUAAGCUCUUCCCAGAGGUUAUUGAGAAAGUCAAAACAUUUGGAAUACAGCAAAGACUUCUCAUGAAUGACUACCCCAGUCCUUCUCACACCCUUCCUCAGGUACUAGCUGUCACCUUACCCCAGUCCAUCUCACACCCUACCCAAGUCCAUCUCACACUCUUCCUCAGGUAUUAGUUCACACCCUACCCCAGUCCAUCUUACACUCUUCCUCAGGUAUUAGCUCACACCCUACAUCAGUCCAUCUCACACUCUUCCUCAGGUAUUAGUUCACACCCUACCCCAGUCCUUUUCACACUCUUCCUCAGGUAUUAGUUCACACCCUACCCCAGUCCUUCUCACACUCUUCCUCAGGUAUUAGGUCACACCCUACCCCAGUCCAUCUCACACCCUUCCUCUGGUACUAGCUCUCACCCUACCCCAGUCCUUCUCACACCCUUCCUCGUGGAAUAACCCAACUAUUUCAAUGGUAUGAACUAGAGACCGACCGAAAGUGAUUUUCUGAUUUCGGCCGAAGCCGAAAAUAGGCCGAAAGUUUAAAAUGACUUUCGGCCGAAACCGAAAAAAGACCGAAAGUUUAAAAAUGACUUUCGGCCGAAACCGAAAAAGGCCGAAAGUUAAAAAUGAAUUUUGGCCGAAACCGAAGCCGAAACCGAAGCCGAAACCGAAAAUGAAAUAUUAAGAUAUUUUGAAAUUCGUUCCCGCAUACAUUCUGCUUACAUCGAAAAUUAUAUGGGAAAGUAUAAAUAUUUACAUUCUUUUUAUAAAAAUGAGAUAAUCGUAAAUAUUAAUAAAUAAACAUCUAAUUUAGGGAUCUCAAACUCGCGGCCAGCGAGCCAUUUGUGACCCGCAAGACGAUAUUUUGCGGCCCGCUACAUGACAGAAAAGUUUAGUGUAAAUGUGCCGGCCCGUUUCCCCCAUUCUCAUAUAUUAUUAUAUAACGUGACUCUCCACGACGGUUUCAGUGGAUCUCACCGACUAAUCUAAUUCUGAUUUAUUUAUUUUUUAUGACUCUAUAUAUUUUUGUAUGCCAGGUCUCUGGCAACAGUGAGUAGUUCUUGAGAUCCCUUAAUUAUUCCAUUGUUAUUUAUAAAGGUUGACCAGAUUGUAACAGUUGUAAUCGCUUUUUGUGGAUUAUUUGAUGCGGCCCACUCUUAUUCAGACACUACCUCCUGCGCCCCCCCCCCCCCCCCCCCUUAAUUUGAGAUUGAUACCCUUGAUCUAAUGAAUACUUUGGAUUUUACCAUUUUAAUAUUAAAGUAAUUUAAAUUGCUUUACAAUUUUUUCAAAUUUGUAUGGUAGGAGAAAAUUUGGCAAAAAUUUGGGAAGGGGGGGGGGGGAGGAGGGGAAAUUAAUGGAAAAUAUUAUUUUUAUAAACCUGGUCUCUAAAAAAUAUGGUUCUAAAAGAUCACUUAAUUUGUUUUUAAAGAUCGUUUAGUUUGUUGUUAAAGACCGUUUAGUUUGUUCUUAAAGAUCGCUUAGUUUGUUGCUAAAGAUCGCUUAGUUUGUUUUUAAAGAUCGUUUAGUUUGUUGUUAAAGAUCGUUUAGUUUGUUGUUACAGAUCUUUUAGUUUGUUAUAAAAGAUCGCUUAGUUUGUUGUUAAAGAUCGUCCAGUUUUUGUUAAUGAUCUCUUUAUUUUUUUCUUAAAGAUUGGUUAGUUUGUUCAUAAAGAUCGCCUGGUUUGUUGUUAAAGAUCGUUUAGUUUGUUCUUAAAGAUCGCAUUAGUUUGUUCUUAAAGAUCGUAUAGUUUUUGUUAAUGAUAGAUUUAUUUGUUCUUAAAGAUCGCAUUAGUUUGUUGUUAAAGAUCGUCUAGUUUUUGUUAAUGAUAGCUUUAUUUGUGCUUAAAGAUCAUUUAGUUUGUUCAUAAAGAUCGCUUAGUUUGUUGUAAAUUCGCUUAGUUUUUUCAUAAAGAUCGCUUAGUUUGUUCUUAAAGAUAAUUGAUUUUGUUCCUUAAGAUCAAUUAGUUUGUUCUUAAAGAUCUUUCAGCUUGUUUCUAACGAACAUUUGGUCUUCUGUUAAAGAUCGCUUAGUUUAUUCUUAUAAAUCAUUAAAGAUCAUUUGUUUUGUUCUUAAAGAUCAUUUAGUUCGGUCUUAAAAAUCGUUUAGUUUGUUGUGAAAUAUCAUUUAGUUUGUUCUCAAAGAUCGCUUAAUUUGUUCUUAAAUGUCGCUUGGUUUGUUGUUAAAUAUCGCUUUUGCUUAGUAUUAAAUGACCGAAAACCUGAGUCACUUUCGGCCGGAUGGCCGAAAGUCUAAGUCAAAUUCGGCCGAAACCGAAGAAAAACCGAAAGUUAACUUUUCUCUUUCGGCCGAAACCGAAAUUAAGCCGAAAGUUAACUUUCCAGUUUCGGCCGAAACCGAAAAUUGGCCGAAAGUGAUAAAAUGGCCACUUUCGGCGCCGAAGGAAACCGAAGCCGAAAUUCGGUCGGCCUCUAGUAUGAACACCCUGUCCCAGGUACUAACUCAACUAGUUCGAUGGUCAAAGCAAUGACUGGUAAGAAAAAAAAUAAGUGUCUAUUAUAAUCUAAUUUUUUACUUCCCAGCCAUUUCUUGAUUUGAUCACGAUGAUUCGGUUUAAAUUUGUUUAAGUAUCUGGUAGUUCAUCUCAAUUUUUUUAUAAAAUAGAUUUAAUAAGAGUUAACGUUCUUUUUUAACUAAUUGGGAAUUUGAAAAUUUCUAGUUACAAAUAAUAAAGUUAAGUUAAGGCAGUUGUCGGCAAACUCUCAUUAGUCAAAACAGACAAAAAAUCAGCAGCAAGACGAUUUUUAAAACAUUUUUGAGAGCUAAAUUUCUUUUCAAGAACCUGUCAAGAAACAUGUUUUUCGGAGUCAAAACCGAUUUGUGGCCGAUAGGCCGAGCCGCACUCAGGUCGCUAAAGAGCCGCAUGCGGCUCGCUAGACGCGAUUUUCCGAUUACUGGGUUAAGUGGUUCUGGAAAAACAAAAACAGAAUGUUACACUGCUUGAAAACGUAUGUAUUUGCAUAAAAUCAUCGUUUGGGAUUUUUAUAACAGAAAAGUGUCCGCAAUUAAAAAUUGACAAAUUUGUUAUUGUCGUCAGCAUGCCAUCUAUUAUUAACCACAAUAUUUAAAACUAUACCUAUUCCCUCUCUUCCCAAAAACUUUUCAGAUGUUCCAUUUUUUCGGGGAUUCCCCUUGUGCUCACAUGGCGUUUAGCCAGGUGGUUGGAGGCUUCGGCGUCUACCAUCGGUAAGUAGAUGUUCCCUCAGUAAGUCGGUUGGUUAUAGCUGGUCACCCUCAUUAAGUCGGAGGGUUAUAGCUGAUCACCCUCAGUAAAUUGAUUGGUUAUAGCUGGUCACCCUCAUUAAGUCGGAGGGUUAUAGCUGGCCACCCUCAUUAAGUCGGAGGGUUAUAGCUGAUCACCCUCAGUAAGUCGGAGGGUUAUAGCUGGUCACCCUCAGUAAUUAGAUGGUUAUAGCUGGUCACCCUCAGUAAGUUGAUUGGUUAUAGCUGGUCACCCUCAGUAAGUUGAUUGGUUAUAGCUAGUCACCCUCAGUAAGUCGGAGGGUUAUAGCUGGUCACCCUCAGUAAGUAGAUGGUUAUAGCUGGUCACACUAAGUAUGUUGAAGGUUAUAGCUGGUCACACUAAGUAUGUUGAAGGUUAUAGCUGGUCACCCUCAGUAAGUAGAUGGUUAUAGCUUGUCCCCCUCAGUAAGUUGAUUGGUUAUAGCUGGUCACCCUCAGUAAGUCGAUUGGUUAUAGCUUGUCCCCCUCAGUAAGUCGAUUGGUUAUAGCUGGCCACCCUCAGUAAGUAGAUGGUUAUAGCUUAAAAUUGUCUCCCUCAGUAAGUUGAUUGGUUAUAGCUGGUCACACUCAGUAAGUAGAUGGUUAUAGCUUGUCCCCCUCAGUAAGUUGAUUGGUUAUAGCUGGUCACCCUCAGUAAGUCGAUUGGUUAUAGCUGGUCACACUCAGUAAGUAGAUGGUUAUAGCUUGUCCCCCUCAGUAAGUUGAUUGGUUAUAGCUGGUCACCCUCAGUAAGUCGAUUGGUUAUAGCUGGUCACACUCAGUAAGUAGAUGGUUAUAGCUUGUCCCCCUCAGUAAGUAGAUUGUUAUAGCUUGUCCCCCUCAGUAAGUCGAUUGGUUAUAGCUGGUUAGCCUAAGAAGUAGAUGGUUAUAGUUGGUCACACUAAGUAAAUUGAUGGUUAAAGCUGGUCACUGUAAGUAGAUGGUUAAAGCUGGUCACCCUAAAUAAGUAGAUUGUUAUAGUUUAUCACAUCAGUAAUUGUAGAUUGUUAUAGUUUGUCCUCUCAGUAAUUUGAUUGUUUUAGUUGAUCAUCAUCACUAAGUAGAUUGUUAUAGUUGAUCACCAUCAGUAUUUUGAUUGUUUUAGUUGAUCACCAUAAGUAAGUAGAUUGUUAUAGUUGAUCACCAUCAGUAAUUUGAUUGCUUUAGUUGAUCACCAUCAGUAAUUUGAUUGUUAAGUUUGUCACAUCAGUAAGUAGAUUGUUACAGAUUGUCACCAUCAUUAAAUGGAUUGUUAUAGUUUAUCACUAUCAUCAAGUAGAUUGUUUUAGAUUGUCACCAUCAUCAAGUAGAUUGUUAUACUUUGUCAGCAUCAGAAGUGUAUUGUUGAGUACAGAUGUUACUGACAUUCAUUUUUCACGUCAUUGUUCAAAACGGUCUGUUGUAAAUGUGAUGUGUUGUAAGUGAUUUGUUCUAAGUGAUACAUUAUAGGUGAUAUGUUGAUAUGCUCAAAAAAAAAAAACGUUUGUUCUUUAUGCGUUAGUCAUGUCGUCAAAAUAAUGUUCAAUGUUGUAAAAAGUAUGCUGAACGUCAAUGCAAGUUCUAUGCUGAAUUGGGGCCAAGACUAAUCUACACAAAUAAAAGUCGCGUUCCCUCAAAUGCACACGCAACCUGGCCAACGGUACGUCUUGUCACCAAUUUCCUGACAGCCUCCACUUGAACUAAGAUUAUCUCUCACCUUAAGUGCCUGGGUUGGAGGGGGGGGGGGGCUUGGAGGGGGGGGCAUAAUCACAAACCGAAAAAUGCGGAUCUCUAUAGCAGGAGUGGGUCAACUAUGGCUCGGGAGCUAAAUGGGGCUCAAUCCUCUAUUUUGAAUGGCUCCCCCCCCCCAACAGGGACGUCAAUUGGGGAAGACAGUGGGCGGCGUAUGAAUUGGCAUGUUUUAAUUAAAUUGCUAUACACUAUGAUACCUCAGGUAAUAAACAACUCAGCAAGCCGGCCAGGUUUUGCUUCCCCCCUCCCACCCACUCCACGAAAAAAAAUAAUCUAAANAAAAUACCCCCCCCCCCCCCCGCAACCCCAAACUUGCUUUAUAGUGUGGCGGAUUGGUUUUUUUUCCCAAAUUUAAAAUUUAAAAAAAUAGGGAAUGUUUCAUUACAAGUGAAAUAUUUCUCAAAAUAGCAAAGUUUAUCAAAAUUUCAUAAUAUUUAUGAUAAAGCAUCCACGGAGGCAAGUGAUCAGCUCAAUAUAUUAUCACUUUUCAGCUUGGCUCUGCGAAUCAGCAAUCCCUACAAUAGGAUUCAUCAGUGGACUCGUGACUUGUUUAUGUGAAUUUAAGAGGCAGGGGUUUUGUUGUUGUUGUUUUUUUUUUAUUUUUUUUUUGUUUUUUUUUUGUUUUUGUUUUUUUUGGGGGGGGGGGAUGUUUUGAGGACAAGAAAUCAGACCAAAUGUGUGCAGCUUUUUAUGAAAAGACAUAUCGAGAUGUCCGCAUUAAUUUUUUGUUUAAAAUAAGUUUUUAACAUCUUAUCUCUUCCUUCGCGUUUAUCGCUUAGUCGCAUUGUUUGAUUUAUAAACAAUGUGGCACACUUUAGUUUCCACUCGCCUCAAGCCCACAACUGUGCUGGCUUUAACUUUAACGGGUGGCCCUCCCUUGCUCUGGUGCAGUGGUUCUCAACCUUCCUAAUGCCGCGACCCUUUAAUACAGUUCCUCAUGUUGUGGCGACCCCCCCCCCACCCACCCCAACCACAAAAUUAUUUUCAUUGCUACGUCCUGGGUCGUUCGAUCCCCAAAAGGGAUCGUGACCCACAUGUUGAGAACCGCUGCUCUAGUGGCUACACUUGAUAGGAAGUAACACACACUGACAAAUACGGAAAGCAAAAAAGACACGAUGAGCCUGAACGUGGCCAAAAUAAACACUGGAAGCUUUUGUGUUCGUGCACACCCGGGGUUGAAAUACAUUAUACGAAGGGAUUACUUUUUUUCAUUUGUUAUUCUUCGCUUGCAUUCAAUUAACCGAUAGCGUUGUAAAAAGACCUUAUGAUGUUCGUUUACGAAGGUGGUGUUCAAAGAAGCGGGGUAGGCUACUGCGGUUAUAUCUUCGUUUUUGCAAACAGAACAUAAUUAUAUUCGAGCAUUUAUUGAAGAAACAUUUCAUCACAUUUUUUUUUCAAAAAUUAAAUUUAAUUAAUAAUAAUUUUUGUUUGUUUUUGCUUUGUUAUCGCCUCAGUUUUUACGACAUUCUUUGGAUUUUGUUUACGACAUUCUUAGAUUUUUUUUACGACAUUCUUAGAUUUUUUAUUACUAUUACCUUCUUAGAUCUUGUUUACGACAUUCUUAGAUUUUGUUUACGAUCCCGCCUAGAAAACACAGUCUGAAAUUAAACUUUAUUUUCUUUUAAAGCAAUUACUUGAGUCACUACAAGGGGCCGGAUUAUCCAGAGGGCAAAGUGGGCAACUCCCCACCCCCCAGGAUCCCCUUAAGCCUAUUAAUAAGCUCGGGAGGUGGGUGGGCCAGCUUAAAGGCCUACCAUGUAAUCAUUAUAGGCAGCGGUGAUAGAUAUAGCUAGCGCCCCCCCCCCCCUUUUUUUUUACACUUUCCUUUUGGCUUUCAUAGGCCCCAAAACACCUCAUUCCGGCCCUAGCUAUANCCCCCCCCUUUUUUCUACACUUUCCUUUUGGCUUUCAUAGGCCCCAAAACACCUCAUUCCGGCCCUAGCUAUAACUACCAAUAAGAUUUUCUUGUUUCUCCUGGUUAUAUACGUAUGCUCCCCUGGUUAUAUACGUAUGCUCCUCUUCAUACCCUUACAUGUCUCUAUCCUCUACACAGUGAACUAUUGGUCGAACGAGCCGUCCUUGACCCCUGGCUGGCGUGCGCCAUCCAAGAAGAAUGCACCUGCCCGGUCAAACAACACACAGUCCAGACCUGUCCGAAUCCUCGGACCACCAAGAAGAUCGGACUCUGCCACCGGAACGACCAGUCGUCCAUGUCCAUCAUCAUGGCGAAGCUGUUCCGGGAAAAGUACAAAGAUUUCGUGGUCGACAUGAGCCGGUACCAGUCGUACGAGCCACGGAAACCGGGCAACUACUUCGAUGUGCUUGGCCAGAUGGAACAGGAGGACAUAAAUAACACCGGGAAACACUGACGAGAAGAUGGUGGCGUCCCUAGUAACCAUACUUAAAAAAAGAGAAACAGACAAGAACUCUUCAAUGAAAGGAAACGAAUAAGAUAAGAAAAUCGAAAUUCGUUUGAUAGCAUUGACAGUUUUUUAACCUUGGCAAAAAACGUUGAUAUUAUUAUGUUCUUUUAGCCUUAGAAUGUACAUACGAGACGUGUUGCUCUGCCACAUAUACACACACACAAAAUUCACAAAAUAUUGAAAAUCAAUUUGGAUUUGUGUUUUGGUUGUUAAUUAAUAAACAAGGAUUUAUUCUUAAAGGAAAUCGCGACAAUUUUUAGCAGCUUUUCUUUUCAAACACGAUGACGUCACGCCCAGCAAACGGUUAAGAGAAAGAUGACAAGUUUUAAGUGGAUUUUCCAUUAUUAAAACAUACAAAAUGUUGCGCCCUGUUCUAAAGAAUGGCAAAGCUGGUGCUAUAAGAAGUUGCACACAACUGACCUUGCUGGAUAUUAAAAAUGUUGUUUUAUCGAGGCUGCAUGCGUGUCAGAUGUGUGCAUGUGUCAAGUAUGUGUCAAGUAUGUGUCAGGUAUGUAUGAGUGUCAAUUAUGUGCGCGUGUCAAGUAUGUGUGUCAAAUAAGUGUAAAUAUCAAUUAUGUGUAUGUGCCAGGCAUGUGUGUGCCAAGUAUGUGUACAUGUCAAGUAUGUUUAUGUGUCAAGUACGUAUACAUUCAAAUAUGUGUACAUUUCAAGUAAUGCUCAUGUGUCUAAUUUUUGUACAUGUCAAGCAUGUGUACGCGUCAAGUAAUUUUCCUUGUCAAAUAUGUGUACAUGUCAUCUAUAUUUACAUGUCAAUUAUGUACAUAUUUCAAGCAUGAACGUGUCAACUAUUUCUAAGUGUCACGUAUGUUUACAUGUCAAGUAUGUGCACAUGUUAAGUAUGUGUACAUGACAUGGGAGUUUUCAUCAUACUCUGGGCUGCCUUAAAGAGGUUCCUGAACUAUAUCUGAUUGUUAUCAAAAUAAUUCUAUAAUUGUGUUCAACAGGGCCAGAGCCCCGAGCUAAAACUGAAUUCAUGCGCCCCUCUUUCCUGAAAUGUAUAUUAUAUUAAAGCACAUAUUUGAAAGCUGACGAUUUCGGCGUCCCACGAAGGAUUGCACCCAGGGGGCGCGGUGCUCCCUUCGUUCAGGAGUGAGGCAUUUUUAAAAUGAGCACACCUUUCAGAGGAGCUUUAGGAGGUUGCCAGUCAUAAUAUGCGCACCGAGAUUUCAGCACUUUCUCAGACGUGAUGCUAAUGGUCUAUAUGUUCGAAAAUUUUCAUACCAUAAUAAAGGUUUCUCCAAAACAUAUUGCGCAUACAAAAGAUAGCGUUGUGCGUGAUCUUAGAUUUGUUGAAUAUGAAGUCACAAAGGGAAAAAACACAUAUUUAUCGCUACGUAACUGUAAUAUAUUUUUAUUCAUUUCUAUGUUUCUUAUUUUUGAUUAACAAUCGUAACUUUUGUAACCAGGUCAGACAAUUAAAAGGGAAUUUCUUUUUUUAAAGUUUUACUUAAACAUACAAACUUUGACAGUCUGAGCCACACCGAUAACGCACCAAGUUAUCUCUAUCUCAAGCCCCAUAGAGAGAGAGAGAGAGACAGAGACAGACAGAGAGAGAGAGAGACAGAGAGAGCGCACAAUCUCAGCGUGCAUCUCUUGGACCCGUGGUGGGCAAAAACGAUGGACAAUAUCCACAGGUGGUCAUCCUACAAAAUAAGGGCGUGGUCAUCUGGAACUUUCAUUUCCGCUACGUUAUUAUGUUCGGGUUUUUUUUUUUUUUAUUGGGAUUAACUGAAAUGUGAUUUGUGUGAGAGUUAUAAACCAGAGUUUUUACAAAAUCGGUCAGACAGGGACAUUGCAAAAAUUAUCCCCACCCCAACCACUUUUUUAAAAAAAUGGUAUUUAGGGGAAAAUAUAUGUUCUCACUUAAUGCUAAACUUUGUUAUUACAAUAAAAUCGCAAACAAUAAAAAUGAUUCAUACAUUUGAUUAAUAAAUUAUAUGCUUAAUACUUAUGAUUACUUCAAUUGUAACUCUACAUUAGAAAUGUGAAACUUUACUUGAAUAUGUGGGAUAAAUCUAUUGUAGCAAUGGGAAAUUUUACUUGGAAAUGCGGCCACAUCAAUUGCUUGGUGGUGACGUGUGUGGCUAACAACCAAAAGGUACUGCUCUCCACUUCUUUAGAAUAUAAUUUAUUGUUUUUAUUUUCAUUAUACUAGCAUUGCGACUGGACACUAAUACAAUACCCACUGUCAAGUGUAUGAGAAUCACUGUUGUUAAUGUGAAAACUUUUUGGUCCGGGGGAUGUGAUGUCACGAGUGGUAUUUUUGUGGCUAAAUGGCAAUGGCCAGCGGAUGACAGAACAAGCACAAUAAACAAGUGCGUGUGUGUAUCAGACUUUGUUAUCGUGAGAGUUGACGAGAGUUGAGGACAGAGAGAGUGCUUGAGAAAAUUUAGUGAGAACGAGAUAUAAUGCUGUUGUUUUUGUUUUGUUUUUUUUUAUUUCUUGGGGGUUUUUUUUAAUAGCGUUAGGCUAUAUUGUAACCAGGUGGAUCUGCGUGAGACGGAAUAAAGAAGAACCAUUUUAUUGCAAAUGAAAGCGUUGGUCUUCUAAUAUUCGGUGUGCCUGGUCCUCGGUGCAUAGAGUGACAAUGUUAUAGUGUACCCUAGACAACGUUGCCAGUACUACUCGAAGAUCCUCGAUGAUUUAAUCCAAAACCAAACCGUUGUCAGCCUUUAA